GGAUACGGCGGCGGGGCGGGGCGGCGUGCGCGGCCGGAGGUACCAGCCCGGGAGGCCCGGCCGGCCCGGCUCGGUGCGGGAACCGGGCCCGGAGCAGCGGAACCACCAGCGCGACUUCUCCCUGAACCGGGAGCGCCGCCCUCACAGGCCCCAGACCCGCCGGGCCGCUCAUGGAGCCGCGGGCCUAGAGGCGGCAGCGGGCGGCCCGUCCUUCCCGGCCCCUCCCGGGCAGCGGGACAUGGCGCUGGGGACGGCGGCAGCUGGCGGGGCCCGCCGGCCGCCCCCCGCGGGGCUGAGCCCGUGAACGGCGGCGGGAGCGGAGCCCCGGGCGGGGAGCGGAGCCCCGGGCGGCCCUUCCUGCCCGGAGCCGGGGGGAGAAGGGCGGGCGGGCCCGGUCCCUCCGCUCCGACCCCGCACUUCGGAUUAUUUUCAUUACUUUUCCCCUCAUCCCCGCGGCUACGGGAGCGUCGAGAGAAACACAAACUACUUUCUUUAGUAUUAUUUUUUCUUAUUAUUUCUUUUUUGUUUGUUUUGCCGAACGUCCUCCACACCCCACUUCCGUGGGCUGGAUAUUCUGCGAGAAAACUUUUGGAUUGGUUUGUUUUUUGUGCUUAAUUUCUUCUCUGUGCAUGUCCCUCCUGGAGCAAGGCUGGAUCCCGAACCCCAGCGCUUGUGGGGGGCGAAGCCUCGGUGACAUCCCCGCAGGAAGAGUAAAAUGUAAAUUGGAUAAUACGACUUCUCGCCAAAGGCUCCAAUGAGUGGCACACAGUCCACAAUCACGGACAGGUUUCCUCUCAAAAAACCUACAAGACACGGCAGCAUUUUGAGCAGAGAGUCUCCAGCCGACAAGAAGCAGAAGGUCGAACGCUGCAGCAGCACCCACGACUUCGAUCCGACAGAUAGCUCCUCCAAGAAGACAAAGUCUAGUUCGGAGGAGGGUAGAUCCGAGACGUAUGGUCUCGUUCAACGCUGCGUCGUUAUCCAGCGGGAUGAAAACGGGUUUGGGCUGACGGUCAGUGGGGACAACCCGGUCUUCGUGCAGUCCGUCAAAGAAGAUGGAGCAGCCAUGCGGGCUGGAGUACAGACAGGCGACAGAAUUAUCAAGGUGAAUGGAACCCUCGUAACGCACUCAAACCAUUUGGAGGUGGUCAAGCUGAUCAAGUCGGGUUCCUAUGUAGCUCUCACUGUCCAGGGGCGCCCGCCGGGGUCGCCCCAGAUCCCGUUGGCUGAUUCCGAGGUGGAUCUGGCUGCGUUUGGCCACAUGUCUCCCAUCAUGGCAUCUCCCCAUUCACCCGGCACGGCGGGAAACGCGGAACGGAUCACGAGCCCGGUGCUUAUGGGGGAGGAGAAUAAUAUUGUCCACAACCAGAAGGUGGAGAUCCUGCGCAAGAUGCUGCAGAAGGAGCAGGAGCGGCUGCAGUGUCUGCAAGAAGAGUAUAACCGAUCAGCCACCCCGCGGCUGCUCAAAGAGAUACAGGAAACCAAGAAGCACAUUCCGCAGCUGCAGGAGCAGUUGUCCAAAGCCACAGGCUGUGCUCAGGACGGAGUCUUGUCGGCCAGGUCGGUGACGGAGUCGCUGCAGAUCAGCGAAGCGGAGGCGGAGAGCGGGGAUUGUGUGAGCAAACUGGAUUUCGGUGGGGACAGCCCCUCCCGGCCCAACAGCGACAUCGCUGAUAGUCCUCGCAGUGGUUUGAAGGAGCGGAUUUACCCGGAUGAGAGCCCAGAAAAGCCUGAGGUUCAAGAUACUGACUCCCAGUCCAGUGUUGGGAGCCCCCUGUCCCGAGUGGGGACUCAGAUCAUCGGGGCAGAGGACGACGACUUCGACACUGAACAGGAGCAGAUUAACGGGCAGUGCAGCUGCUUCCAGAACAUCGAGCUCCUGAAGUCUCGCCCGGCUCACCUGGCUGUUCUCCUGCACCACGUGGUGUCCCAGUUUGACCCUGCAGCACUGUUGUGUUACCUUUACACAGACUUGUACAAGCAAACCAACUCCAAAGAGACUCGGCGUGUCUUCCUGGAGUUUUACCAGUUCUUCUUGGACCGAGCUGCAAAUCUAAAGGUUGCGGUUCCCGAUGAAAUCUCCUUGGAGCUUGACAGAAGACGACCUGAACUAAUUCCUGAAGAGCUUCAUCGCCAGUUUAUACAAACUAUGCAAGAUAAAGUCUGCCCAGAAGUCCAAAGGAAUCUGGAAGAUUUCAGGCAGAAGCGCAGCAUGGGGCUGACCCUGGCGGAGGGAGAACUCACCAAGCUGGACGCAGAACGAGUUCGCGACAGGAACGCGGUGGAGAAGGAACGAGCAUGUGCAGAACAGAUUCUCGCUAAAAUUGAAGAAGUCUUGAUGACAUCUCAGCCUUUGGAAGAAGAGAAGAGUUCCACGAUGCAGUAUGUGAUUCUUACGUACAUGAAACACCUGGGAGUCAAAGUUAAAGAGCCUCGGAACCUGGAGCAGAAACGCGGCCGCAUCGGCUUCCUGCCAAAGAUCAAGCAAAGCAUCAAGAAAGAGAAAGAAGGAGAGGAAAAAGGGAAGAGAAGAGGCUUUCCUAAUAUCUUGGGCCCACCGAGGAGGCCGAGCCGACAUGACAGUGGUGCAAUUGGCAGAGCCAUGGAGAUGCAGAAGCCCCGCCACCCAAAGCACUCGCCCACAGCGGCCUCGGUGAGCCCGGAGCCGCCGGAUUCCAGCAAGAUGCGCCAGAGCGGGUCGUGCGGUGACGGAACUGACGCCCCGUACCCACCUGCCAACCCCAUGUCCCCCUUGGCAGCGGGUCCUUUUUCCUCCCCAGAAGGAAACAAGGACAGCGACACGGGUUUGAAGCAGACCGGAGAAGCUCCACCUGCUAACGAGUACGUAGACGGCACACCCCGCACGCCGAGCAACACCUUCGAGUUCCCGUCUCCUUUGGAAAACUUGCAGGAGGAGGAGGGAGAAUCAGAGAGAAUGGUUGACAUGGGAACACCGAAGCCUUUCCGCAAGAUGGACAGUGUUGGUUUCGCAGAUGUGCAAAGCGAAGAUGAGCUGUAUGAUUUUGACAUGGACACGGACCCUCCCAACUGGCAGCAACUUGUGAGCCGGGAAGUGCUGAUGGGGCUGAAACCCUACGAAAUCAAGCGCCAAGAAGUGAUUAAUGAGCUGUUUUACACCGAGAGAGCUCAUGUCCGCACGCUGAAGGUUCUGCACAACGUGUUCUACCAGCGUGUCACCCGGGAAGGCAUCCUGAGCUCCAGCGACAAGCGGAAAAUCUUCUCCAACCUGGAGGAUAUCCUGGGGCUCCAUGUUGCGUUGAACGAUCAGAUGAAAGCCGUCCGCAAAAGGAACGAGACUUCUGUUAUUGGCCAAAUCGGGGAAGACUUGCUUUCCUGGUUUAGUGGACCAGCAGAGGAAAAGCUGAAACAUGCAACUGCCACUUUCUGCAGUAACCAGCCCUUUGCUCUAGAGGUCAUCAAGUCGCGCCAGAAGAAGGACUCUCGAUUCCAGACUUUUGUGCAGGAUGCUGAGAGCAAUCCGCUGUGUCGCCGGCUGCAGCUGAAGGAUAUAAUUCCAACAGAGAUGCAGAGGUUGACUAAGUACCCCCUCCUGCUGGAUAACAUUGCCAAGUACACAGAGCUGCCCGAAGAGAAAGAGAAGGUGAAGAAAGCGGCAGAUCAUUGUCGUCAGAUCCUCAACCACGUGAACCAGGCGGUCAAAGAGUCCGAGAACAAGCAGCAUUUGGAAGAUUAUCAGCGUCGUCUUGACCUGUCCUACUUGAAGCAGUCUGAGGAUCCCAUGAUGGACGAGUUCAGGAACCUGGAUCUAACCAAGAGAAAAAUGCUUCACGAAGGACCUCUGACGUGGAAGGUUAAUCGUGACAAAACCAUCGAUCUCUACACUCUGCUGCUGGAGGACAUUCUGGUGCUGCUGCAGAAACAAGAUGAUAAACUGGUCCUGAAGUGUCACAGUAAGAUCUUGGCGUCGACAGCAGACAGUAAACACACCUUCAGCCCUAUCAUCAAAUUGAACACCGUUCUGGUUCGCCAGGUGGCAACAGAUAACAAAGCUUUCUUCGUCAUCUCCAUGUCAGAAAACGGCGCUCACAUUUACGAACUGGUGGCGCAGACCGUUUCAGAAAAGAACGUGUGGCAGGACCUUAUAGCUCAGAUGGCAGGGACUGUAAAAAUGGGGAGCGCCAGGAGGGUGAUUCCAUUACCGCAGUCAGGACCCGGCGAGGAAGAGCGUGAAGAGGAGGAGCAGCAGAAACUCAAGGAGCAGCAUGACAUUCCCACCAGUAACCUGCAAAGUCCAGACAAAGAUUUGGUCCUUGAACCUCCCUUAAUGCUGAACGCGCAGUCGUCUUCGCCCAUUGUGUCCGACAAGUCCAAGGCAGAAAGUCUUCUCGUGUCAGAGGGACAGUUUGAUAAAGUGCAGCAAGCAGACCUGACGCUUAAAGAUCCUUCUGCGUGCUGCGAGCACACAGGCGCCGGAACAGCGGCGGUGCCGGAAGGGCAGUGGGCGCUGGAUGCGUUAAGGAACUUGGGCUUGCUGAAGCAGCUGCUGGUCCAGCAGCUCGGCUUUGCUGAGAAGGACACCCCCGGAGACCGGCAGCGCUUUCCCAGGUUCCGGACUGUUUCUCAAGAAGCCCAAAUGGAGAGUGGAAGCGAAUUCCAGAAUUCCGCAGACAGAACGCUCCCCAGAGCCGGAAUCGGCGAAUCCACAGCUACUUACGCCCUUCGGACUUCAGCCGAAGCAGCUGCGGGGGAUUCCGUGCAGCUGGGAGCCAGAGAGCCCGGCUCGAGCAGCAGCCUGGCCAUGGACCGUAUGAGCGUGACGCUGGGGCUGGCGGCGGAGCUGGAGGCCGUGGGCGCCGACGAGAGCGGGGAGCAUUUCUUUGACGCUCGAGAAGCUCACAGCGAUGAAAACCCGUCUGAAAGCGAACUCAUGGAAAGGAAGGAGGAAGAGGAUGUGCAAAUACGGAUCUCAGGAAAUUAUUUGAUCCUCGACGGCUACGGCGCGGUGCAGGAGAGCUCCACCGACGAGGAGGUGUCGGCGCUGGUCCUGCGGUGCGCGGCGGGCGGCCGCGGCUCUUUGGACUCUGCGCAGCAGCAGCCGCUCUCGGACGGGGGGAGCUCCCCGUUUGCCGAGGACAUGAUGGGCACGGGGGACGAGUCCUGCUGCUUCCUAGCCAGACCUCACCUCUCCGUAGAGUCGCGGAUGCAGAUGAUGCAGUAUAUUCAGAAGAUAGAGGACGACCUCGAAAAGUUAAAGGAGGUGGAGGAGGACUACACCAUUCUCCGACGCCAAGGGCUGGCUGGAUCAGCCUCCACGGGAGAGCACUCAGACAAAAGCUAGUCACGUUUGGAGAGGCGGCUGAAGAUGGGAUGAAGAGUAUCAGGACACAGCACCCGCUGCCUUCCUUGUGGACUCUGAGACAAGAGGGUUUGGACCAUCCAGACGUGAGCCGGCGCGGGCACGGGCGCUUCUCCUGUGGGACAUCUGCACUAUCUUGUCAGUGAGGGAGUCUGUUCUAUCCCGCUCCUCUCCUUGCUACCAGAAAUGCAUUUCUCAGAACAGAAAAACCAAACCAAAUGUACAGAGCUUUGGGUGUAGGAUAUAAAAGUGUAUUUAGACAUUUAAAAAAAGACAAAAAAAAAAAAAAAUCAAUGUAUUUAUUUGACUUCAUUCCAUGUAUCAAAAGCACAUUUUAAUUUUUUAAUCUGCCUUUUUUUUUGUUGUUCUAUUAUAACUGGGUAGUGACAGUUCUAGCCCUCUGCACAGAGCACCCCCUGCUCCGGACCCCGAGUGGGGCUGGGGGGAUGUGGGGCUGUGUGCAAGUGCAUCUUUGCUUCACUGGACUCUGCACUCCCUGCUGGCAUCAGACUGCCAAGAGCUACUUAUGAAGGUGUUAGGAUGACGUGUGGCUGGAACUAUCCGUAUUCAGUGCGCGCAUGGGAACCGUUCACCUCACAGGAGUUUUCCAUGCGCUGAACAGCCAGGCACUUGAGAUGGGCGACUUUUCUUUUCCCCUCUCCCAUUCCGUGUCUCCUUUGCUGACAAGAUCAGGCUGGGAGAGGAGAAGGAGAAGUUUUUUCUUGACUUUGUUGGCUUUGAUCAUUGUCUCCUUUGUAAAGUGAUAAAAAUACGUGGACCUGCAGCACUUUUGUAACUCUUCUCUGGAUCAAAAAAGAAGAAGAAAAAAAGCAAACCCAGAAGUGUUUCAAAGACACGGGGCGGAUCUGCCCCGAUUCACUACUGAAUGAGUAAGGGCUGCCAUUUGAGUUAGCCACAGGUACUGCUGAUUAUAGGGCCAGUAAGUUUUAGUACCUGGAAGUAUGUCUUGCUGACGCUUUGGGGUCUUUUUUGGGGGGCGGAGCUGGUGUUUUUUGGGUCUUUUUUUUUGCUUUUAAACUGGUUUGUGCCAAUAUAUUCUCACUGAAACAGAGAUGUGCAAAACAGGGCUGAACCAGCUCUCCAGUGCUUCGUUAGGCCUGUUCUAGUGGGGUUUGCUGUUGGAAUUCCUUCCAGUGUAGGAAACGGGGUGGUAACUAUCAGAGCUAAGCCUGGACAGCCUAAGCUGGGACUAGGACAGGCAAGUUGAUCCUAGGACAGGCACUGCCUGUUGCCAUAGGGCUGUUCGAGCUGUCCCUGGUGUCACAGGCAUCGUGAAUGCGACUCCUAAUGCGUAAGGCCGUCUUUUUUGCACCCUCUUCCCAAGUUUUAAACCGUGUUCUGAACCCGAGCUGAGCAGCGUGCCCAACCUGUGAGUCCCAGUAACGCGUCACAACUGCUGGAGCAUCGAUUGCACCACGUCGCGAAGCGCUGAGAAUCUUCGGUCAGCGUAACAAUCGUACUCCCCGCGCCUUCAAAACAAAAGGUUUUCUCUGUAGUUACUGGCAAGAAAUCAGAUCUGUCCUUUGUCUACUCGUGUACCAAAAACCAGUUCUCAGAAACGCGCAAACGAUGAGUUCAUGCAAAGAUGGACAGAGCUUGAGCAGGGGUGGCUUCGGGCCCGGUGUGAAAAGUCGCAGCCGUGAGCCCUUAUAGAGUAAGGAGGAGUUUGUCUUGUUUUAAGAGCCGAUUGCACCAGUAUUGUUGUUUUUCACCAGCGCUGCCAACACAAGCCAAAGUUUUCCUUUGUUUCCUCUUCCCUGGGACCCGCUAAGGCCCGUCCUGUUGGGUCCUGCACCUGUAUGACUAUGUCAGUAUUAACUGAGCACUUACAGAUUAGUGGGUGGGAUCCCCCUCCUCACCCAUACAGUUACCACCUCUGCUUAGAAACAUCUAGACUUCCAAAAACUAAACGCUGAUGUGUAUUUUACCCGAUCCUGCCAGAAAGAGAACUGGGCUAUAGCCAGGUGUGGUGUUUAAAGCCUCUUCUCCCCACCAGCUCCUGGUCUAGAGCUUCGUUGGGCUUUUCAAGUGACCAGCAAGGACGGGACCUGUGAAGGUCAAUGCGACUGAAGACAAACCCCUUGGUUCUCUGGUUUUCUCCAAGUUGAAUUUCAAGGUUUGUGGUGAGCAGCAAUGGUUGUUCAGAUGGGCUGUGGGGGCGCAAUCCCCCCCCUGCCUCGCACUUCUUUGCAUCAGCACCAUCCACCACUACACGGUUCCAUCUCCAAUAGUUAAAAGCUGGGAAUGCAGAGUGUGGAUGUUGCUGUGUCAUCCAUACAUUUCUGGCUCUGCAGUGGGAUUGUCCCCACUGUCCCCCGGCCGUGGUCCCCCGUCCCUGUCACCUCUCGAGAGCGGGAAGCACCCAGUCGUUGUGGCAGAUAACCCUUUGUGCUGGGUGAACAGUCUCCUGAGCCUUAAGGAAUUUUCAAGCGAACCAACCCAUUCGCACCCAGUCGCACGGGCAAUAUAAACAACAUACUGUGCGUUGUCCUGUUGGUUUUUGUCUCAGCUGGUUGAGCUGCAACUCAAAUGCACUGUUCAGGAUUCUGUCUUGAGUUUUGUUUUCACCUUUAAGCCAUAAAACGACCCUUAUUUCAAACGCCAGUUGGUGUCAGGAAGAAUUGUGACCUGCCCUGGCUGCGGAUGGAUGGGUGGUGUGUUCCCUUAUUCAGACCGCGCAGUGUUCUCUGGUUUUUUGCCCCAGCUCCUUCUCCUCAAUGUGUCGUGGGGUUUUUUUCCUCAAAUACAAGAUGACAACAGUUUCUUCUCUUGGGAGCAAAGAUGCAGUAGAGCAUUCGUUCCAUCUUUCCAAGAAGUGAUGUUAGUUCAGGGAAAAGCAAAGAAGGCCCUUCCUGGAAAGGGGAUUUUCCUUCCAUAGAAGCGCAGAGGAGCAAAUUCGAAGCUGGUGCUUGAUCGCUCUGGUUUCUUGAGUGUGUGUAUGUAGAGAAGGGAGAUUUCUUUAACAUCCCAUAGGUGGGAUCAGCAUGAAGGCUGAAGAACAUCAGCCUGGAGAGUCUGGAUGGUUUAGCUCAGCUUUCAGACAGCGCUGUACCUUAAUUUCCAGUGUUUUCCGAUGCGCAGACACUGUCCCUGUCACUAGAAGAGGGGGGUGAUGCUCCAGCAGGUGACACUGAUAAUAUCUCAGUGCCUGAUGGUAUCUGGCGGUGUUUUCUCCCCAGAGAAACCCCGUAAUUCCCUCCCCGUCCCCCAAAGGUGCCAACUGAGCAGCAGAUGUACCGCAAAAGGGAAACGGCAGCCACGACACUGCUGUUGGGUUUUGAAUUAAGUCUUGUGGAGCUCUCUUCAUACUAGGAUAUUUUAUUUGCUUUGUACAACAUACAAUCAUGUACUCUUAACAGAGAUUUACUUUAAAGAGAAGAAGAAAGAAAUAAAUCUGGAAGUAUUCUUUAAAAAAAAAAAUACACAAAAUCUUUAUUAAUAAUCCUGUAUUUUUACUGAUCAUGUUUGAAUGUCUAAAAAGACUUUAUUGUUCUAAUUAUCCAGAUGUAUGUUUGUAAAAUAGCUCUUUUAUGACUUAGCUGAUAAGGUUGUAUGUUUCUGGAAUUAAAUAUUGGUCACUUAAAAAAAAAUACAAAUCUGUUUUCAGGAUCUGGGAAAUAGAAAAUUUAAGCGUUUCAAAUAUCAUUAAAUAAGCUUAAAGGAAAGAAA